AUGAAGUCGUCGUCAGUGCUCUCCGCUGCUCUUAUUGUUCUCGUCAUCGUUCAAUUGAUCUCCGCUUCUGUGGCAUCAGUUCCAUCGUCGGCCGUCGUUGAUGGGCAGAUUGAUUACGAUGCAUUGGCGGCUAAAAUCGAAAUGCUCCGACCAAACCGAUACUGGAAACGUGCCCAUAACAUCGACACUCGUGCCUUGAACCAGUUCAAGAACUGCUACUUCUCACCAAUUCAAUGCGUCCUCAUGGAACGUCGUCGUAAAUAG